CCCACUAUAUCUUACCAUCUUAUCUAUGAUAAAUAAAAAACAUAACCUAGUAAUAAACAAUUUUUAACAAAUAUUUUAAAGAAUUUUGGAAAAUGCCUGCUGUAAUUCUGUUGGACGUUUCAUUAUCAAUGCUAAGACCGGUGAAUGGUUCAGAGAAUAGUGAAACUACUCGAAAACACUUGGCUAUUCAAGGAAUUGGUGCCUUCUUGGACUGUCUGGGUGUGCAAUCAAAGCUGGAAUUUAUUUCUUUGAUGACUUUCUCGUCUUUUUACCAAGAAAGAUGCGGAUUUACAAGAGACUAUCACUUAAUAAAACAAGAACUGCAUAACAUAGAGGACUGCGAUAAAACAUGUAUAGAAACCGCUCUUGUUGGAGUUAAUCAGUUAAUUUUAAACGAAUGGGGAAAUAAUACAGCCUGCCAAAUUAUUUUGAUAACCGAUGGAAACCCGGGAAUAGGCCCUAUGUCAUUAAAAGAAUCAUUGGCAAAUAUAAGUCAUAGACCAGCAAAUAAUCCAUUUCCAUUGCCGUUCGUUUUCCCAGCAAAACUACAUGUAGUAUGUAUUGCUCCUCCAAACGAUACAUUACUUGUAAAAUCUAAACCUUUAUAUCAACGUUUGGUUGAUAUGUGCGGAUAUGAUGGAAUGGUACUGAUUCCGGAAAACACAUUAACUGAGUCGUCGGUGAUAAGUUUAUUUCAAAAAUUAGCAGAGGAAAUGUAUACAUCAUUCAAGGGGAUUUUGAAGUGUGGAAAUUUAGAAUCAAAGAUCAUUCUGUCUCCGGCUCCAGUUCCAUUCACGAAGGUAACCGAUUUUGAUUGUCAAACGCAAGUUGUUUCUGACAUUAUCGAAGUGUGUGGUUUCAUCCCCAUCGCUGAUGUAGGUUCUCCGAUGGCUGUAAGCCGGCAUCUUAUUUUACCCGCUAGUAUGACUAAUAACAAAGAAAAUGUCCCAUUAAAGAUGGACGUCGACACGACUGUUGACGAUGAGGCGGACGAGGGUAAAAUUCCCUCUUUUUGUGUGUUGCUUCAUGGCGCCCUUAAAGUAGAAAAUAUGGCAGCCUUGGUCACCUUAGGUGAAAGUUGGUUUGGGUUUGUUUAUUCCUGGGCCGAUUCAAAAAAGAAAUCGAAUCUUAUGUUGACUGUGUUAACUCCCGGAUCAGAUGCAGUACCAUGGUUAGGUGAUUUGAAUUGUCUCAAUACACCGGAUAAUUUGACUCCAGAACAGAUAGGAAAUUUUCCCGUUCGACCAUCGGAAAAGAGGAGUUAUUCUCAAAAUGGGGUAGUAUGGAUUAGGCAAGCUGGAUUGCAGUCUGAUAUCCAGAAAAUAUUGAGACAUGCUCGGAAAUUGCCGGAGAAAACACAGCAGUUUUACAAGGAAUUAAAUCGAUUAAGAAAAGCGGCGAUAUCGCUGGGUUUUAUGGAACUUUUGACGGGUUUGGCGUAUAUUUUUGAGCAGGAAUGCACCCAACUACCGGGGACAGCUCAUCCGGAUUGCGCUUUGCAAUUAACUCAUGCAGCAGAACUCUUACGAAAAACACAAAAUAAUGACAUAAAAUAUGUAAUAAUUCCAAUGCAAACGGAUUAUACUACAUCAUAAAAUCAUUUUGUAAUCAUACCGUGUAAGCUAUUAUUUCUUCAAUUUCUUUUUGGAAGGCAAGUCGUUUAUUUAAUUCUUUCGUUUCUGUAUUACAAAUGUUUUUAUAUCUA